AUGAUGACGGAGCAAUCAGGCCAUGGUGAGUGCAUUAACUACUUGCACUACCCAGUCUGACCGUUGCGCACCCGUCACCUGCUACCUAAACCCGUCUUUUUUACUUUGAAAUAGAUAAGACCAUGCAGUACACUAAACCGCAGUCAAGAAAGCUUAAGUUUGUUCCAGAGCUCAUUAGAAUCGAGGAGGUUUCGGAGGAGAAGGAGGAGGAGGAGGAGGAUGAGGAGGAGGAGUGCGAGGAGGAUGAUGAGGAUGACAGCACAAAUGACAAAAACGGCGUAUAUACAGAGGUGAUGGAGAAGGACCAGCAGCAGAAUGUGCACGCUGGUGGAGACGCGGACUGUUUUGCUAUCGCCUCAGAAGUAAAUGGUGGAAACUGUGAGGUGUGUACAGAAGUGGAAAACGGAGACAAAGAAGUGAUUCCGGCGCCAUCCGCCGGAAGACGGCGGCCUCCACGAUGGAGGUCCGUUUACAUGUCGUCGCGUAAGUCCACAACUACUUUUCUGCCAUGUUACUGCUUUAGCACUUCGUCUCCCUUAUGA